CGCCGCUGUCAGCCGGGCGGGCGCCCGCGGCCCCUCCGGAGAGCUCGGCAGCGCGGCGCCCGGCGCCACCCCGGUACAUGGAUUACCUGAUGUGUGAAGUCACUUCUGUGAAGACCUAGUCUUUGUAGAAUUGUGUCAAACAAGAAAUUCGUAGUCCAUCCUCAGCCUCUCUGGGUGACUUCAGAAGACAUAGAAUUGUGGCAUCACAGCAGAUUGGAAGUUGAGCAAGUUGAGGACUAUGUCUGAAUGUAUCCAGCUCUCAUUUGCUGUUUGUAGAAUUGGCAUUUACACGUGUUUUAGAGCACUUUGCUGCAAGGGACCACCACCACCACGACCUGAAUAUGACUUGGUUUGCAUAGGCCUCUCUGGUUCCGGCAAGACAAGUCUUCUGUCUCAGCUCUGCAGUGAAAGCCCGGAGAAUAUUGUGUCUACCACAGGUUUUAGUAUAAAAGCAGUGCCAUUCCAGAAUGCAAUUUUGAACGUAAAAGAACUUGGAGGAGCUGACAAUAUCAGGAAAUACUGGAGUCGUUACUACCAAGGAUCCCAAGGGGUAAUAUUUGUACUAGACAGCGCCUCCUCUGAAGAUGAUCUAGAAACUGCUAGGAAUGAGCUGCAUUCUGCUCUCCAGCACCCACAGUUAUGUACUUUGCCGUUUUUAAUAUUGGCCAAUCACCAAGACAAGCCAGCAGCUCGCUCAGUACAAGAGAUAAAAAAAUAUUUUGAACUUGAGCCACUUGCUCGUGGAAAGCGCUGGAUCCUUAAACCCUGCUCCUUGGAUGAUAUGGAGGCAGUAAAAGACAGCUUCUCCCUUCUAAUAAACUUGCUAGAAGAGAGAGACUUUGAACCUUCAAGAAUGUGAAAGCCAAGAGAAAGAAGAGGUUCCCACGCAUCGCUGUACCUGCUCACUCUCUCACAGCUUAAUUACAGUGUAGUAUCAAGGCUGAGCUGUGAUAUGUUGUUCAUACAGAGUUAAUGCAGAAUGUCCUUUGGUUAAAAUAAAUGUUCUGUGAAUCAGGUACACAGCUAUUUCCAGUAAAAUUGUCUACACUACUGAAGUAGGAAGUUCCUCUUUGUUUACCACUAUACCUGCACACUGCAUGUUGCUUUCUUGCAUCACGAUCACAAUUGGUAGAAGAUUUUACACACUCAAAAAUAACAUAGUCCAUAAAGGAGGAAUUCUGCUUGAAUUUUAAAAGAUAACUGAUGUCUAAAGAAUUUAUGAGUCUAAUUUAGCUUGUUUAUUGACCUCACAUUAUGGAAAAGCACAGCCACUGAGAACCUUAAUAGGAUACCUAAAAGGCAAGCAGUUUCAUGUUAAUGCAAAAGUUAUUCCUGAGGUUUUACUAAGUGAAAAAACAGUUGAGGUAGUUGACUCAACAAGGUAGUUGAGUCUCUUCUAAGUCACUGCAUAAUCCUGCCAGAGGCAGUAUGGUAUUUUCCUGGAAGUUUGUUUAAAAGUGAAUUAACAAACAGAUGUGCACAAAUAACAGUACUUGGGAAAAAUAGCUGACGUAAACAGGCAAUCUAAGUAAAAAGAUUUUUAGAACAAUAUGAAAGAUUUUAGAAAUAUACAGAACUUGGAUAAAGUAAUAAUUUUCAUUGAAAGUAGUUUUCAAUAAGAAAAGCAGGGCAAAUAUCUAUUAGUUCAUCUGUGGAGGCUUUACUACUAGUUAGAAGUAUAAGUGAUUUUAAAUACUUCUUUUAUCACUCAUUCAUAGACUACUACUGUUAUUGUAACAUUGCCAAGUCAUCCAUCCCGUAAUUAAGGGUCUUCCAGUGUUUGUACUAUAGGCUUCUCUUUUCAAGGGGAUUGUAUCUUUUUCUUUCAAACUUCUUCUGGGCCAGGUGUUACUUAGAAGAUAAAAAAGUAGUUGGAAAGAGAAAAAAAUGUUGGAAACAACAUUUGUAAUACAUUUAGAAAAAGUUGAUUUGGUUUGCGUAAUACAGUCCACUUUUCCUCUUUCCAUGUUUUCCCUGUUGUAGAUUUGCAGUAUUUUGGCUGCCUUUUGUUGAUCUUUUAAAAAAACCUCAUAAACUGAUUUUUAAAGAAACGUGCCAGGCCACUGGUUCACAGUGACAACAGGGUAUGUGCAGAU